AUGCCUGUCUGGCUCCACAGUGUUCUCCCACCACCACCCAGAUAUCCUGUCGGUGGCUACCCCGGCGCACCGGGUGCCGGGCCUCUUAUCGAGACCAACAACACCCUCACACACCCCACUGGUCCCGAGCACCAGUUAGUCGUUGGAGAAGGUACAUAUGUGUUGCGCGAUGACCUCCACCUAGCUACGCCGCCUCCCCACCCCUCAGAGGCUCCCGUUCACAAUCCAAACCCCCUCGCGACGACAAUUUCUCCUCCUACCGCCGGAACGAAGCUCUCCCUCAUUCUCCUUGCGCCACGGCGCCAGUCCAGUUCGCGCCUAUACCGAUUCGAAACGGCUACAAGCACACGGUCACAAGUUCCUCCAAGCAUACAAGAGUCACCUCACGAGGCAAACAGUGAUGCUGGUUCCCACAGUGUCAAUGGAACGGCAUUCCCACCCUACGAGAGUUCGAUUGCGCCUGCGUUCGGAGCCUCCAAUCCUCACCUGGCAGUCAUAAAUGGAAAAGACGCAAAGGACCCGCUCAAACGAAGGAAACCAAAGAGCAACAUUGUCAAAAGUAACUCGUCCUUCGUGUCUCGAGUCAUUCCGCAUGAAGCGUUAUCGAAGAGGUUACAAGAACACAACCCCAACGGCGUAUAUGCUUUCGCCAACGUCAACCGCGCACUCCAAUGGCUGGAUCUCAAUUCGCCUAUCAAGGAAGAACAUAUGACCAAGAUUCUAUUCACCAAAGCUCAUGCACUAUGUCACGACAUAAACCCAAUCACAAAGGGUCCAAACCACCUGGAUAUGAUUAUGGGCUUUUCGACUGGUGACAUCAUCUGGUACGAACCCAUGUCGCAGAAAUACGCACGAAUCAACAAGAAUGGAGCGAUCAACAAUGCUGUCGCAUCGGCUGUGACCGACAUUCGGUGGAUUCCAAACAGUGAAAACCUUUUCCUAGCAGCGCACAUGGACGGCAGCCUGAUAGUCUAUGACAAGGAGAAGGAAGAUGCACCUUUUGUGCCGGAGGAGCAGGCGCCAGCCGGGGAGUCGGCCAAGGGCAAGGAGGCCAUGAGGUCGUCGUUGAUUAUCAAGAAGUCGGUGAACUCGGUUAACCAAAAGACGAACCCUGUGGCAUACUGGCAAACGAGCAACUCGAAGAUCAACGCGUUCGCCUUCUCGCCUGACAACCGGCACAUUGCAGUGGUGUCAGAGGACGGGUCGCUCCGCAUCAUCGACUUCCUCAAAGAACAAUUGCUUCACAUUUUCACAAGCUACUACGGAGGCCUGCUUAGCGUGUGCUGGUCGCCUGACGGUCGAUACAUUGUUACAGGUGGACAAGAUGAUUUGCUAUCCAUCUGGUCCAUGGAAGAGAGCCAGCUGGUUGCGCGAUGCCAGGGCCACAAUUCAUGGGUUACGGCAGUAGCCUUUGAUCCUUGGCGGUGUGAUGAACGCAACUAUCGGAUUGGUAGUGUAGGGGAAGAUUGUCGGCUUUUACUGUGGGACUUCAGCGUGGGAAUGCUGCAUAGGCCUCGGGCGGCAUCGGUUCGACAGCGCGGUAGCAUUGCGUCGACGACCCUGAAGAUGCAGCGUAGCCGCACGGAUGGAUCCACCACGCGGUUCCGAUCCAACUCUAAUCUCACAUCGGCAACGACGGUGGAAAACGACGAAGAUGAGCAGGUUAUACACGCUGUAGAGCCGCGGGCGCGGACGGCCAUGUUACCGCCCGUUAUGGCGAAGAAGGUAGACGAGCAUCCACUGUGUUGGCUAGGAUUCGAGGAGGACUGCAUUAUGACAUCUUGCAACAAUGGGCACAUCCGCACAUGGGACCGACCGAAAGAAGGCGCUGGUGGUGAAGCCAAUGGCAUCAACAACAGCAGCAGCAAUGGAAUCGGAGGAACUGCACUGGCUUCGACAGUGUCGAUGGGUGGUACCGGUAGUCUCCCACCCGGCAGCAGCGGCGGUCAACAAGAAAAGCUGAGGCAGAUACGAUCGGCGGGCGACGUCCUCAACUAG